AGGGAACGGCCUCCGCCCCCGCCCCGCCCGCGGGGGCGGCUCGCACGGCGGCCCCUCCUCGGGGAGGCCGGCUGCAUGGGCAGGCGCUGCGGGGUACCGCGGUCGCCGGCCUCGCCGGCAGAGCGGCUCCUGGGCACCAGUUUAGGUUACUGCUGAUUUGAUCCUCUGGAAUCUGCAGAAGGAAGGUCAGCCAGCCGCUGUGAAUAGCAGAGUAACAGGAGUGGAGCUCUGGAGCAGGAUCGCUGAGAGAUGUGUGAACACGCAUAAGCACAGCUGAGCUGUCAAGUAUUUCUGCCUCAGACCUGGGCUUGUUCCCUAGGCACGGUUUGUGUGGGGUGUAAUAUCUCCUGAUACCUGGAUAUGAUGUCGGUUGAAGGGUCUACAAUAACAAGUCGGAUCAAGAACCUCCUUCGCUCCCCCUCCAUUAAGCUGAGAAGAAGCAAGCCUGGGAACAAGCGUGAAGAUAUAGGCAAUAAGGUGACUUUGGAGAAGGUGCUGGGGAUAACUGUGUCGGGAGGCAGAGGAUUAGCCUGCGACCCCAGAACUGGCCUCGUUGCUUAUCCAGCUGGGUGUGUUGUUGUGCUGUUCAACCCUAGAAAAAAUAAGCAACACCAUAUUCUAAACAGUUCCAGGAAAACAAUUACAGCACUCGCUUUCUCUCCAGAUGGAAAAUAUUUGGUUACAGGAGAGAGCGGGCACAUGCCAGCUGUUCGGGUGUGGGAUGUGGCUGAACGAACCCAGGUGGCGGAGCUCCAGGAGCACAAGUAUGGGGUGGCCUGUGUGGCAUUCUCUCCCAGCUCCAAGUACAUUGUGUCUGUGGGGUACCAACAUGACAUGAUAGUCAACGUGUGGUCAUGGAAGAAAAACAUUGUAGUGGCAGCCAACAAAGUCUCAAGUAAAGUGACAGCUGUGUCAUUCUCAGAGGACUGCAGUUACUUUGUCACUGCUGGAAAUCGGCACAUCAAGUUCUGGUACUUGGAUGACAGCAAGACCUCCAAGGUCAAUGCCACAGUCCCCUUACUAGGUCGCUCGGGAUUGCUUGGAGAACUGAGGAACAACUUCUUUGCAGAUGUGGCAUGUGGAAGAGGCAAAAAAGCUGACAGCACUUUCUGUAUCACAUCUUCAGGCCUGCUGUGUGAAUUCAAUGAAAAAAGGCUGUUAGACAAAUGGGUGGAGCUGAGGAAUACAGACAGCUUCACAACUACCGUGGCAAACUGCAUCUCUGUGAAUCAUGAUUACAUCUUCUGUGGCUGCGCUGAUGGCACCGUGCGGAUUUUUAACCCUCUGAACCUUCACUUUGUCACCACGCUGCCAAAGCCGCAUUUUUUAGGAACAGACAUCGCGAGUGUGACUGAAGCCAGUCGUCUUUUCUGCGGUACGGCUGAUGCGAAGUAUCCAGACACAAUUGCCUUGACCUUUGACCCCACCAACCAGUGGCUUUCCUGUGUAUACAAUGACCACAGCCUGUAUGUAUGGGAUGUUAAGGACCCGAAGAAAGUGGGCAAGGUCUAUUCUGCUUUGUAUCACUCGUCCUGUGUGUGGAAUGUUGAGAUGUAUCCUGAGGUGAAGGACAGCAAUCAGUCUUGCCUCCCUCCUGGUUCUUUCAUCACGUGCUCCUCUGACAACACCAUUCGUCUGUGGAACACUGAGAGCUCCAACAUUCAUGGCACCGCCUUGCACCGCAACAUCCUGAGCAAUGACUUGAUGAAAAUCAUUUAUGUAGAUGACAACACUCAGGUACUUCUGGACACAGAUUACAACUCAGGGGGAAGUGCAGACAAAGCUGAUACACAAGUGAUGGACACAAAGGUGGGGAUACGCACUGUCUGUGUGAGUCCCAGUGGGGAGCACCUGGCCUCGGGGGACAGGAUAGGCACUCUCAGGAUAUAUGAAUUGCAGUCUCUGCAGGAAAUGCUGAAGGUAGAAGCUCAUGACUCUGAGAUUCUAUGCCUGGAGUACUCCAAACCUGACACAGGGUUAAAGCUCUUAGCCUCAGCCAGUCGGGAUAGAUUGAUUCAUGUCUUGGAUGCUGGAAAGGACUACAGCCUGCAGCAGACCCUGGAUGAACAUUCUUCUUCCAUCACUUCUGUGAAGUUUGCAGCCAAUGAUGGGAAAGUGCGAAUGAUAAGUUGUGGUGCAGACAAGAGCAUCUAUUUCCGCACUGCGCAGAAGACAGGGGAAGGAGUUCAGUUUACCCGAACGCAUCACAUUGUUAGGAAGACCACUCUGUAUGACAUGGAUGUGGACCCCAGCUGGAAAUACGCAGCUAUUGGCUGUCAGGAUCGUAACAUCAGGGUUUUCAACAUAAGCAGUGGGAAGCAGAAGAAGCUGUACAAGGGAUCCCAAGGUGAAGAUGGCACCCUCAUCAAAGUGCAAACGGAUCCCUCUGGGCUUUAUAUUGCAACCAGUUGUUCUGACAAGAACCUCUCCAUUUUUGAUUUCUAUUCGGGCGAGUGUGUUGCAACCAUGUAUGGGCACUCAGAAAUUGUGACUGGGAUGAAAUUCAGUAAUGACUGCAAACAUCUGAUCUCUGUUUCUGGUGACAGUUGUAUCUUCAUCUGGCGCCUGAGCUCAGAGAUGACCAUCAACAUGCGGCAGCGACUAUCUGACAUGAAGCAGAGAGGGAAGCAGGCAGAAAAGUCUCCUCCACACAAGACAGCUGGACUUAUGAGGCAUGAAUCCAUAUCUGCCCUAUCCUCUGUGCCAGCACUUUCAUCAGACAGUGACAAGGAUGGUGAAGAUGAAGGGAAUGACGAAGAUGAAUUAAGUGGGCUGCAGUCUUUCCAUGUUCAGUCCAACUGCAACACUGAGAGAGACUCAGAUCCAGAUCUUACCCUCUCAAGAAGCCUUUCCCAUUGGGAAAUGAGGAGGGCCAAAGAGAUAGCAGCAAUCCAGCGUUCGGAGGCACCAAUGAGCAAAGUGCCUCGACAACGUGGGCGCUGGUCCCAGCCAACCAACAAUAUAGAAAUGACUGUGAAAUCCAUGCUUGACUUGCGUCAGUUGGAGUCUUUCUCUGUUUCCCGUUCUCCAAGUCGAGAUUCAUUGUCUCAGAACAGCAAUGGGGAUGAUAGAGAAGAACAGGCUGAUCUCCCCGUGCACAUCAACAAAGUUGGAAGCUCAGUAGCUCCCCAAGACAACCGAUCUUGUGUACGACCUCAAGUGAUUCGGCUCCUGUCUUGUGAAGAGGGGAUUUUCUCUCAGGAACUGGAACCAUCUGAGAGUGAGGAGUGUGUAAUCUACCCUGAGCAAGAUGAAAUCCAUCCCACAGACCCUAGCAGCGAGUACCAAGUAAAAGCACUGCCCCAUGGGAAGCUAAAUAGAAGUUAUCAGACCAAUGGAUGUCCAGACAAACACAGUCCAGACAGUGCCUGCUCUGUAGAUUACAGCAGCAGUCGUCUUUCCAGCCCAGACCAUCCAAAUGAAGAUUCUGAAAGCACUGAGCCCCUGAGUGUGGAUGGCAUCUCAGAUCUGGAGGGAGAGGAAGGAGAGGAGGAUGUGGGUACCAAUGUGCCAGUGGGAGAAAUUCCUCAGACACCUGAUCAGGAGAAGUUCCUCAAGCAGCAUUUUGGGACCCUGGGCAGCACUGAUAGAAAAGAAUGUUUAGGUGGUUCAUGUAGGAGUCUGGAAAGAACUGAAAACCUCAGCAUUUCAUCUCGCUUUCUUUCCCAGUCUCCAGCUCUCAGGCGCUUGUCACUCUCCUCAUCGAAUCUGAUACUGGAUUCAAAGUCCAUUGAGUCUCCAGCUCCAACCAGUGGAUUUACUCAAGACCUGUUGAAAAAUGACAGCAGCCAUCCUGCUGAUUCUUUGGAAAACAGCCACCUCUUGGAUAAUGUAAAUUUGCAUCGGGCUGUUUAUGCCCAGAAAAAACGCAAGUCGGCCUUGGAGACUAGCAGAGUUGGUAUGGCUCCUGGACGAGUUAUUGCAUCCUUUCCAGAAGGCCCUGUGAAUGCAGUGAUGAGAAAGGCACAGUCAGUUCACGACCUUGUUCAUGAGGAUAAGGGUCCUGGAGUGGUAUCUUCUGCCAAGCAGCGUCCUCAUACUCUUAUGGUGGUUGAGAAGGAUCCCAGACCUAAUAAUUGCAGGGCGUUAUCAUCCAGUCUGUUGAAGAUGGAUGGAUCUGGUGCUCUGCUGGCCAAAGAUGUCAGGGCUGCAAAACCAAAGUCCUACAUGAACCCUACAACCAGCUUCCGGGCUAAGAUGUCAAGGAGCAUAUCUGUAGGGGAAAAUCUGUACCUUGGUUGCUCCACCGACACGUUGACUGAUGGGAGGACUAGCCCACCAGCGGCAGAGAAGACACAGUUCAGUCCCACGGCAGAUGCUGAGAAGAUGAAGUCAACAGUAAAAGAAAAUUAUCCAGUGAAGCCAGCGCUUCAGCCGGUUGUAAACUGCUUGUCUCCCAAGUCCUUUCACAGCAAGUUGGCAUCAUCAAACCGAGCACACCUGAUUCUCGACAUUCCUAAGCCAUUGCCUGAUAGACCCACACUGGCCUCCUUCUCACCCACUACCAAAACCAAAACCCUGCUUGAGCCACAGUCUCCACAGUCACCUGCUGGGGCCUGUAGAAAGAAACCCUCAUUCCCUGCUGAGGUGCGAACCUCCAAGAAGGAGAGUCAAGCUGUUGGGUGUCUGGUUUCUGGUAGAGAGAAUUCAACAGGACUUGCUAAGGAGAGCCCAAUAGAGAGUCCAAUUGCAAGGACAGGUUGCCAGUUUGAGCCAGGGGUCACAAAUCUAAAACUGAGGGAGUUUUCAGAGGUCCAGCAACUGAAGUCUCCUGAAAGCACACUGCCCAGGUGUAAGGAGAGGACCGCCGGCAUCGCCUGUGUGCUAGACAACCAACCUGGACUUUGCCCACUAGACCCCAUCAGGCCGAGGUCUCCUACAUCUGUAACUGCCUUGGCACAGGUCUCAGGUGUGCAUGGAUACCCAUCUCUUAUCUUCCCCCUUCUGUCUCCUGUCUUUGUGAACCGUCUCACGAUCCCAUCACAUUUCUUUACGUCCAGCUUCUGGCCUGUCUCGUCCUGUCUGCACCUGUCUCGUUCCAUAAGUCAUCCCCUCAAUGAAUCGAGCAUCAGUGUGGAGCAAUGUGAGCACGUGGUAUCUGAGCUCCAGGACAGCAUGCGCAAAGCUAUUCAUCUUUACCGUGCGGUGCUAAAUGAUACAGAGUCAUCUACUGACAAAGAUAAAAUAGCAGGCCUCCUGACAGAAACAUUUUCCUUAAUGAAGAAAGAGUUGGACUCCCUGAAGGAUGAGGAAGAACUGCCAAAGGUUAAGGAGGUACUGACAAAGCCACAAGAUACUGCUAGGUCACUAAAUGACAAAUGUGGUGCCAAUCUACCAAGUCCCAAGAAUUUAGGAGAUGAGCAGACACUAGCUUUGCUGGAACAGUACUCGGAGUUAUUGUUGCAAGCUGUGGAACGACGCAUGGACAAAAAACUCUAAAAGUGGUGUCUUUCAGGUGUUUGUGAAUACACAGAAAUAAUCCGAAGAGGAGGACCACAGAGAGAUCUUCAGACCAAUGCCAUCAUCACACUGGUCUAGAACUGGUGGGGUGACCUUAAUAAACUGAUUUCCUCAGGCCCCUGCAGUUGACUUGCUAGAAUUCUUAGGAAUGUGCUGGGCACACUUUUAACACUUUUUUCCCAAUUGUCUUCAACUUCCUGUCUCUAGAUUGUCUCUAGACAAAAUUUUGAGAGGAGUUUGGAGAAAUUGCCUUGAAAUUUCUUCAUAGCCGGGAGAUCAGGAUGUUUGGCAUCUAAAGAAACAAAGAAAAUCUCAUUUAUCCAAGAAAUUCUGAACUGCGGACUGAAGACAAAGGAGUCCAAGUGAAGCCAAUCCCUUCUUCUCCAAAGCUUUAGGAGAAUCAAGAAGCAGACUUUUUAUGGGUUUAUUUAUUAAUUUAUUUUUUCUGACUGUUGCUCUAUGUCAUGUUUGUGACUAGUAUCUAUCCUUUAACAAAAAAAAAAGUCAAUCUCUUGCCAUAUCCCAGCGAGAUACAAUCUCUGUAUUAUAAAUCUCCAAGAGGGAGACAGGCUGGAGUGUCUGUGCAAUUAAUGAACUGGUUUCUGCUUAAA